GCCACAGUCUCUUCACCUCCGGUACCGCAACGUGCAAAACACCCUCUAAUUAAUGAGUUUACAGCGACGAAGCUGGGAAUACAUGACUGAUCAUGGAGCAUGCCGAUGAGCUGAACGACCUGCGGCUUCAGUUCAAGGUGCUACAGAACCAGCAGGAGAAAAGAAAACUGGACAGGAAAAAGAAGAAAGAAGCAGAUGAUGUCAGUGUUGGCCUGGAUGAUUUGGAUCUCUCUCAUCAAGGUAUGCAGGAAGACAAUCUCCAACACAGACUGCUACAGGACGAGAAUCAGACUUUGCUGGACCAGCUGAGGGAGCUGAAGGAUGAAAAUGGUCGGCUCUUCAAACUUCUGAGUGAGAAGGAUUUUGAAAUAAAACACCUGAAGAAGAAAAGAGAAGAAGAACGACUGGCUUUCGCAGGAACAUCAGGUCUGACCGGGGACAUCGCUGCCACCAAGAUUGUUGAGCUGUCCAAGAAGACGAGAGAGCUGACGGCUGAAAUUGAGCGGGAAAAGAUCAAAUCCAAGCAAAACAUCAACAGAGUCAAAGAGCUCGAGAAAGAGCUGCAGGUAGCUUUGGUGCACUGUCCCCCCGGGUCAAAGGUCGAUACGAAGAGGUCGUCUGAAGCCUGUGAGCAGGAAAAUCCAGCGGUGAAAUCUCUGCAGGACAAAUUAGCCGCCGCCCAGCUGAAAGUGGCCGAGUACCGCAACCAGGUUCAAUCCCUCAAGCAGGAGUUGAAAGUGGCUCAGAAGGUUUUGACCAGUGAGAUUGGAGAGGAGGUCAGCUUCCAGCAACUCCUGAGCUGCCCGGGGAGCUUCAGAGGUCGCGCUCAGCAGAUACUGACUCUUCAGAUGAGGGUGCGGGAUCUGGAGCAGCAGCUGAACCUGUCAACCCAGCGAAGACAGCCAAGUGUCCUGAGUGUGGAGGAAGAGUUUCUGGGCAUCGGGGUCCUUCAGAAAACCCCUCCUCAGGACCGGAACCUCAGCUACAUCCGCACCAUCGAGAAGGAGAAGAGGGAGGCAUUCGAGAGGAUCUCGGUGGACUACGAGGCCCUCCUGAAGGACCGCGACGACGUGAGGAAAAAGCUGGACGCGUCUCGAGCCAGGAACCAAUCCCUGUCUGCGGAGACCAAGUCUCUGAAGGCCCAGAUCUCCAUCCUCCUGGAGAAGGGUCGCCACGACGAUGAGCUUGUGGACGCUCUGCUGAAGCAGCAGACUCGGAUGCAGGAGGUGCUGAGUCGAAUGGGCCAGCAGCAGACCGUGCCGAGCAGGGAGGCCCGGCGGAGCCCGCAACAGAAGCCGCAGCACGGCGUCCCUGAAAGAGGAGAGGCCGGGAUCAGAGAGCUGGAGGAGGAGACGCAGCUCUCUGUCAAGGAAGAGGGAGCAGAGAGACGGUCCAGCUUCAAGACAGCUGUUUGCAGUUCAGGAUUCACGCCUGAAGAGGGAGACAUCAACAAGAGAAAAACAUCUUCAGGUUCAAUUUCUAAAUUCGGUCAUAAACUGGUGCUGCCCGCUGUGGGAAGCAGUGUAGAAUACAAGGGCCCGAGUUCUUCCAGAUGUCCAGACUCUUCAGCGGAUGCGAGCGCUCUGAUGACCCAGCGUGGAGAAGGACCGGCUCCUUCAGAAGUAAAGAGAUGACCCGGAGGUUCUGGGAGGCAGAACAACACCAGGAGGAAUGGUGACGGAGCAGCAGCUGGAGGAGACGACAUGUGAUCCAAAGUAAGGCCUGUGCACGUAGCGAGGGGGAAACUGCCACGCCGAGGUCACGAACGGCGUGACACGACGAUGCCAAGCGGGACUUUUUCAAAAUGUUUCGAUUCUUUAUUAUUUCUUUGCAAUGUCUGGACGAUGUCGCCACCAUCUCUCUGCUUUUUGCUGCCGGCUAUCGCGACCCUGAGCCUCAGCGGUGUCCCUCAGGAGUUGCUGAGCAACGGCAACGGAAUAGACAAACUGAAAAGACUGUCCAACUAAUUGGUUGUCAUUGCUAACACUGCACAAAAAGAUCUCUCUCUCUCCACCUGCAGCUGUGCACUGAUGAGACAAGCCCAGCGGUUUUUCUUCUUCGUCCUGCAGGUUCUGUGACAUCGCGGACGAGACACUAACCAGGAGGGAACCAGGCUGGUUCCUGCUCAACCUCACAGCCAGCUGAGUCCUAUACCUCCUCCUGUCACAUCUCCUGCUGAUUUUUGUCUGCUUGCUGUUUUUAUAAACGUCAACGUCACAUUUGGUUAAAUCCAUGCAUGCAUUUUUCCUCCGCUGGUAACCUCACGUGCACCACGGGUAAAGAGAGCAACGGCGUCUGUUUUUUAAAAUAUGUUUUUGUAAGCUAAUGAAACAUCCAAUUCAAUCAAUGAAAGGGGGAACCGCAGCGUGACCACAUGUUGGUCAUGUGUUGUUUACAUUCAUGUCUAUGACCUUUUCUCGGAGUUGUGUUUGGACCCAGAUGGUUACAUAAAUGCGUGACAGGCCAAGCCAAACAGUAAGCAGCAAAGUCAAGUUCCCAAAAAAGCUAUAACCUUCCUUUCAAAUAUGACUGCUAAUCAUUUCUGACUUGAAACUGUGUGGGAAUGGUGGUUGAAAAAACGAACGCAGGCUCAAGCUGCAGCCCCGCACACACUCUCCGCAGAGCGUGUCACACGUAUGUACAGUCCACGCCAUCGCAGCUCCUCCAUCCAAAAGGUUUCCUGGAUAUGCAGUCUCUACAUUCAUACUAACUUCCGAGUUAUUUUCUCCCUCCCUCACCCCUCCUCUUCUCUCCUCUCCCUCCACAUCACGCUUAAUUUAAAAGCAUGGCUGAGUUAGUGUGCUGCUUCAAAUACCGCACGAUUUCUUCCAGUACCCUGUGGGAGAUUGGCAGGUCCCCGUUGGACUGAGGGAGAAAAGUGCCACAAGACAAAAAUAUCAGAGUUUGGGAGUGAUGAAGAAAGCCUUUAUGCGUAGAGUAACAAAAAACAGCCUGUGUUGAAUCCCUCCACGGAAAGAAGGAGAGGCACCCUUUAAUGUUGUCGAGUGAGAUGUGUCGUUGGAGGAAUACGAUCGCCAGAUAUAUAUAUAUAUAUAUAUAUGUGUGUGAAAUGUAGCAAUGUGCCCAACUGCAUCCAAAUCCAGGGAACAUAUUUUAAUUUAAUGUCCUUUUGUCUGAUUUUUCUUUUAAAUAUCUGGUCUGUACAAUAACGUGCAAUCUGAAGACUUUAUUCUGGGUGUUAGGAAGAAGGCCAAUAUUACCGGCUGUCAGAUUUGAAUUCAAGAUCACAUCGCUGCGUGUUCAGUGCUCAUUUCACGGUGUAGUUUCCGUGAAAAGGCAAUGUUGCCCUUGUUGACUUCAGUCAUUAACGAGUGUCAUCACUUUCAGAUAAAUUACGCUCCGCCAAACAAUUUUAAUAUGGUUUUAUGUAGCUGUAUUACGCAGAAAGGUGUAGAUUUAUUCCAAAAUGCCCUAUAACCCACCAAACCAAACACAAACUUAUGUAAACACAGCGUACGUAAACAGCCUCACCUAUUUGUCAUUCCAGGUUUGAAUGACUCCUUUCUCCAUCCUUCUCCUCAGAGGUAUUCCCUCGUUCUGGACCAAUGCUUCCUGCAGACCAUUGACUGCAUCCAGAAGCUAAAGUCAACAGUGGAGCUGUGAACGCAGAGGUUAAAGUUAGCCAUCAGUAUAUGAGGGAUCUGUGAACUUAACUCGGGCCAGAAAACGGUUUGUGCCUCUAUGAGUCCAUUCAUCUCCUCGUGCCUCUCAUUUACAUGUAAUGGAAAGAAAAUAAACAGCGGUGUCCUAAUGUGCUCAUUUACAGUAAGUAGAAAUGGAGUAAUGAGCCGUUAUCUUCAGUGAGACAGCUGCGAAGACUUUUCUUUGUGUGCCAAUAAUGGGGUAUAUCAAACUUUGUCUUCGCUUACACUUUUGCCAUUCGGCAAACUCUGCCUGGUGCAGUGAGAUAUCGCGUCAAUACCGGAUGCUUUUGGUUUGUUUCAGCAUGAUGACAUCACUGGAUGUGUGGUUCGUAUCAACAACAUCUGAUGUAUUUUCCUGACAGUCCUGCAAUGAUGCAGUUAUUGUUCUGCAAUAAUGUUCUAGUGACGCUCAAUAUGUUGUACAAAGCAAUGCUGUGCGAUUCAAUACAGUCCAUUUUAAAUGCCAUGAUGAUGACUUUGUGUUUGAAUACAUUGACUAUGAAGAAACGGGAUCUUCCCGCUUCUGAAAGUGAUGAAUGGAAAUAAAUACAUAUGGAAAACUAGAACGGGCACUCGGUAGAGCGCAUACCUUCGCAUAUCACAAGAUCGGGCAUUGAAUUAUGAACAUUUUGGCAUUAGUUGCAUGCCAAUUGGAUAGAAAUUGACCGCGCUAUGGUAAAAAGAUGUUGACCUUUUCAUGACCUUGACCUUGACCUUUGACCCGAUCGAUCCCAAAAUCUAAUCAAAUGGUCCCCGGAUAAUAACCAAUCAUCCCACCAAAUUUCAUGCGAUACGGUUUCAUAAUUUUUGAGUUAUGCGAGUAACACGCAUACAAAUAAAUAAAUACACGCGAUCAAAACAUUACCUUCCGCAUGUUCAAUGCGAAGGUGAUACAGUAAUGAUCCAGUCGCAGUGUUCUUGAAAGAGACUGUCUACUUGAAUCAGACAUUAUGGAGAGAAAAAAAUACAUGUAUCGUGGUCGUGAUAUUACAACAAUAUUCUCGUUGUAUUUUUGCGACGAAGAGUCUUUGUAAACAACAGUGUAAAGAGCAUCGCUGGAGUGGUGACUCCACAUUGAAUUGAAAAUAAUCAGUUUCUUUAGAAAACCCUCCAUCUCACAUCUGAUGGUGAAAAAAAAGCAGAAGAAGAGUCUGCUUUAUUUUAAUAAAAUUCAUAUUUGUCGCCCAACUAUUCCCCAGCUGGAUGUCUGAAUCAUUGGUUGUGUCACGUGUGUCCGUCAUCACUGGCGUGGAUAUCCUUUUUGUCUCGGCAACUAUUGAGUGCAAAGAAAACUCUUUUUAAGUCCCAUAAUGCACUCCGACACAAAUACGACGACCGCCACAGGAAUCUCCUUCCUCGGAGAGAUCAGUGCAUGAGCCCCGCUGAACAGGCCGCUGUUUUUUGGCUUUGUACUUUUACCUCAAUCUGAUAGUUCACACGACAAUGACAGAAAUAAUUGGGAGAGACAAAAGGGAAUGCCGUAUACCACCUGAGCCACCUCGACUCGUCAGAGAAAUGUCUGUUCACGCUUUAUGAAUAUUAAUGCCGGAGCUCUGUCUUGACACCACAAUCUCAUGCGAUGAUUCAUACUUAAUAGGUGCCUGUUAUGUCAGCACCGGCUCAUAUAGCUACUGUCUUCAUGCAGAGCGCUAAUUAAUAAGCAGAAAAUUCGGGAUCCAAUGGUUGAAAAUCCAAUUAUUGCUCAGGAAUUCGUGGAGUUGGACCGAGAGGCCACAGACUCUCUCCUGGGCCCGUGAAGGCCUCUCCGGAGACAGGGAACUGUCUGUCUACUUCAAAAUCCAGUUUAACUCUAAAGCUCCAUCACAAAGACUUCGGCAGUGAGAGCCUGCAGAAAGAGUUCACACCUAUGGGUCAUACCGAUUGGCUGAUUCAAACAAUACUGGCAUUCUGUUCGCUGCGCGAAGUAUUCAAGAUGGUGGGUUCAAAUAUUACAGUUCCGGACAAGGAGCAGCAAGUUCUUUCAGAAUAAGAGAAAAUCAGAUUCUGCCUUCAAAAUAAAAGUAACGUCUCAGUAACGACAUCCAUUUCACGCAACAUCUCUAAAGUAAAAUGUCAUUCAUUCUCAUGCAUGGUACACAUUAUCACAUUUGUUAUUACACACAGUUCCAACAAUAAAACAGUGUCUUUCUCUUAUGCUUCACAAUACAUCCAUAAUACUUUCAUCUUAAUAUUCUCCCUAAUAUUCCCUACUAUAUAUGUAUGUAUUAAUUGAAGGCAUAAGACUUCCUUAUUUACAUGUGCAAGUGUACAUAAAAUCCACUACAACUCAACACUCUCCACCCUCUCAGUCGGUUAAACGUAUGGAUCGAGAUGUUUUUUUAAUUUUGUAAAUGUGUAUCACUGUAAAAUAUAAAUGUAAACUGAUAUAUACUGUAAACAUGUAUGUGUACUACUGUCUUCUUUCGUUUACUUGUAUGCACAUAAUAGCUAAAUGUUUACAUUUACUCUUGUAUAGCUUUGGUGUCCUUGUUUUAAAAACGUGGUGUGUGUACUUAUACCUGGCCAAUAAACCCGAUUCAGAAAAAAAAAAUGUCCAGCCCGAAACUUUACUGUUUUGGUCUCAGUAUGCGUGAGUACAGUUUCCAGCUGGAGCAGAAUACUGUUUCUCGCUUAAAACUCUACUGACCCAUUAUCCGCUAUCUGCCCAGCAUCGAUAGCAACUAGCUGAUGAACAUUGUUAAUCUUUUAGCUCCAUAUAUGCUGGAUGUGUAUAUAAAAGACUGUUUGCAAACAAGUAGGAUGUGUAAAAGUAUUUGUAUUUAUCGCUUGU